AUGGUAAGAAAAAGUGUAGCUAUCAUUGGAGCAGGUGUUUCAGGGCUUGCAGCAGGAAAAGUUCUUUUAGAAGAUGGUUUUGAUAUUACAAUAUUUGAUCGACACAAAACAUUAGGUGGUAUUUGGUCUCCAGAUAGGGCUUAUUUUCAUCAACAUACUCAAACAACAGCAAAUUUAAUGGAAUUUUCUAAUCUACAUGAUACAGAAGCUAUGGAUUGUGCUCCGUGGCAAAAUAUUCAUAAUUAUCUAAAACGAUAUGCCAAUAAAUUUUAUCUUAUCGAACGAAUUCGAUUUGAAACAAAAAUUAUAUUAAUUGAUAAAAAUGAUUUAAAAAAUGGCAAGCUUCCUUGGAUUGUUAAAGUUGAAACAGCUAGUGGUGAUCAUGAAACAUUCGAGUUCGAUUUAAUUGUUGUAGCUACUGGUCUUUUUUCUACACCAGAAAAACCAAAUUUUCGUGGUCAAAAUAACUUCGCUGGAUCAAUUAUACAUAUUACUGAUAUUAAAAGUGAAGAUCAAUUAAAAAAUAAACGUAUAAUAGUAAUUGGUGGUGCUAAAAGUGCCAUUGAUAUGGCUACAUUAGCAGCAAUGCAUGCGAGUUCUUGUCAUAUGGUUUUCAGCCAUUCUUAUUGGAUAAUACCACAUAAAAUUCUUCAUGGUUAUAUUUCAUUAGACUACGGAUUUAGUCGAAUAUUUACACAUAUAUUUGAUCCAUUUCCUAAUGCACCGCAUAGCGCUGCAUUUUAUUUUCUUCAUCGUGUCUUUUCAUUUGUGUUCACUAAAAUCACUGAUAGUAUAGCUAAUUUUUUGAUUAGUAAAUAUAAAUCAGAUUUAUUUGCUGAUGAAAAAUUCAUACCAAAAGGUUCUAUACGCAAUGCUCACAAUAUUAUGCGUGUAACAAAAGAAUUUGUUGCAAUGAUUCGUGAAAAUCGUAUUAUUAGAAAAUUGGCAUCGAUUGAUGAAAUUAUUGAUAAGACAACAAUUCGACUCGAUUCUGGUGAAUUUUUACAAGCAGAUUUAAUUAUUUGUGCAACUGGUUUUAUUGAAACAUUUCCAUUUUUAUCUGAAACAUUGACUAAAAUACUUGUUCGAAAUACAACAAGAUCAACAUCUGAUGAAGGUAUUGAUCUUGAUUUGUAUCGUCGAAUAAUUCCUAUUGGAAUACCUAAUAUUGCCUUUAUUGGUUUACCUGCACCUUUACAUACAUGGAUGUUUUAUGAAGUUCAAUGUCAUUGGAUGUCAGAUUAUUUUCUUGGUCGAAUUAAAUUACCAAAUACAGAAAAAGAAAUGUUGGAAGAAAUUGAAACAACUCGACAAUUUAUUUAUAAAAUGUUUAAACGAAAAUCAUAUUAUUUUCAAUAUUAUUGGUUAGAACCAAUGGAAAUUUAUUUACGAGAUAUGGGUUUGUCAUUAUAUAGAACAAAUAAUUGGAUAUCAGAAUAUUUUGGUGUUUAUCGUCCCAAACGUUUAUCAACUUUACAUGAUGAACGUAAAGCUAAAGCAGAAGGUAAAACAAGAAAUUUUUGGUAUUUUAGUUUUCAACAUACAAUUCUUCUUUUUUUAUUUCUUUUAUUUCUUUGGUUUUUCUUCUGA